AGUGAGCAAAAGUAUUGCACAGGUAUGACAAUUCAGUAAUGGCGACCGCGUUGUCAACAACAAAGCGAUCGAAAUUCAAACCACUCUUUUGAAGCCAUUAGGCGUCUUUUUAUGAAUAAAAUCUUAUCAAACCAAGCUUCAAACCAUUGACAAUACUUUUAAUUUAAGAGUUGAAAAAAGCUACUUUUUAGAAAAUAAAAUGUUUUAACUUUUUAUUGGACAGUCUAACCGGUUUUGAAACCUUUGUGAGACUUGCUAAAACUUUAUCGAAAAGUUUAGUAACAGGUUCUCUAAUCGCGACAUGGUAAGUUCAGAAAAACAUUUGCAAGAUCACAUUUAGGUGUUGGAGUACCAAGUUGAUCGUAAAUUGCCUUGUAUUUGGUGGAAAGAGGCAUAUUUAAAGCCAUUUUAUUACGUCAACUCUUUACAGCUAUAUGAAGACACUGCGAUUAGGCCCAUUGCGGCUCCAAAAUUUCCGACCAAAACAUUUAGCAUAUUCUCCAACAAAAGUGAGGAAAAUGAGCAGUUCUAGACAGCAGCUCCGCUUUCUGCCAUCUUCCAUCCCUACGGUAUCGCCGGCAGAAAUUCUUUAUGGAAACGCUUUCUAACGGUACCGCAGGCAGCUGUUUGAAUUGCCGUAAGACUGCCGUAAGACUUACGGCAUCCUCCCGGUACCGCCGGCAGACAAAUUACAAAUGGAAACGCCUUGCCUGCGGCUGCCUGCGACAUUCUUUUGUUCAAACAGAUCAUGUGAAGUGCAAGAACCAAUUGAAACAGGGCUUUGUUGUUGAAUUUUGCCCGCUAGUUUUUCCCGCUCACACUUUACCUAGUUACCGGCAUAGUUACCGAUAACGCAGGCAAUUGAAAACAGAACGUUUCCAUUUGCCGGCGAUACUGUACGGGUGGAAGAUGGAAGAUGGCAGAAAGCAGUCGCAGGCAGUCGCAGGCAGCCUUACGGCUAUAUGGAAACCAGGCUUAAUCAGUUGUUGAAAGAAAAGUAAGAGCUGCAAAGAAAUUUUUUGAGGCUAUGAGAAAUAGGGAACGGGCAGAUUUGUUCUUAAAAAGUUCAAAAGUAUCAUCAAGAAAACUUCAAAGUUUGAUUGUAUCUAUAAUCCAUCCCUACUAUAAAGAAGAAAAUCUAGAUGCAAUUAUAAAUUCUAUUAAAACUCGUUUUGAUCGGCCCGGUUUCAAAGUUUUCCAAAUCUAGAGUCUUUUUGUUGAAAACCUCUUAUCUCCAAAAAAUUUAAGAUCAGAUGUUAGAAAAAAUAUUCCACCUGUUCAAAAAUGUUUAAUUUUUAUUUUUAGCUGAUAGUUCUUCUGUUUAUAUUUCAAUGAUAAUGUUUUUUAAUAAACCGUGUUUCAUUUAUUUUUCUCCUCCAUCCAAAUUUGGGUACUUUCAAAUCUAAAACCCAGUUCCAUUACAAGCUAUGCCAUAAAGGUUAUUUUCUAAAAGUUUGCAAGACCUUUCCUAUUUUAAGUCAACAUUGCAAUAGACAAAGCAAAGCUUCGAUAUAUUAUUCUUGUCUUUGUCGUUGAUCACUUUGAUUCUCUGUUGUGGGAUACCAUUUCAACCACUGAUGAGAGCAGUGAUUGCAACAGGUAACGAAAAUCUUGCGGUGAUUCUCAAGGGUAGAGUACCGAAGUGUGACGUCAUCAAAAGCAUAUUUUUAGAAUUUCUUGAAUUUGGCCACAUAAUCUGAAGGAACGGCAUAAAAUCCCUCUCAAUUUGCAAAAUCAACUAGACAUGUGUCAAGUUGGGCGAGAUAUGGCCAAUGAAAGAUUUCAAGUUCCCUAACGGAUUACUGUUAUUCUGGCCUGGUUCAUAAAGAUAUGAACCAAGACCAAAUUACAGAGGUUUGAUGGGGGAAUAGCCUGUACUAAUGUGGCCAUAUCUCAGCCAAUUCGCAAUACCUUUAACUGAUAUUGCAUAUUUAGAGGUAUUUCAUGACGCUCCUUUAGGUUCUGAAAUCAAAAUUCAGAAAUUCUAAAGACAGAAUUUUAUGACGUCAUCAUUUCUGUACUCUAUAGUCAGGGGCAUUGUGGGUACAAUGCUGGAAUUAUCUUAUCUGUCCAAUUACACACGGAAAACCACCGAUGGAAAACCAUAGAGAUACUCUAUAUGGAAAACACAGUUCGCUGUUGAAUGUCAUUUCUUUGGAUUACCAUUGUAAAAAGGCAGUUCGUUGGUUCAGCAUGGAUUCAAUGGAUGGUGCUCCUAGCUCUAAAAGACUAAAGAUGAAUGAAAAUGGGCGCAAUCAAGAUGGGAAGCUUUCUGAGGAUAAGCAAAAUUUGAACGAUAAUAUUCAUUUCCCCACCUCUUUGGUAUUUACAGCCAGUUUGGAGAAUCUUGGAAAAUCGCUGAAAAUUAUCGAGGGAGCUGGUGUAGCUGUUUCGCGUGUCGAAUCGCGGCCGUCCAAACACGAUGCUACGAAGCAAGACUUUCUGGUCAAUAUUAGCGACGAUGAUAAUCUUGGAGAGAUAUGCAAAAAUAUAAUAAACCGCUUGAAACCGAUUGCAGAUCAUGUUGAAAAACAUGGGGGAGAAGAAGUUCCCUGGUUCCCAAGAACGAUUGCUGAUUUGGAUAUAUUUGCACAUAGGGUGCUCACCUAUGGCGCAGAACUCGACGAAGAUCACCCGGGCUUCAAAGACGAAGUGUACCGAGCCAGAAGGAAAGAAUUUGCCGACAUUGCUUACAACUACAAACACUAUCAAGAAAUUCCAAUAGUUGAGUAUACUGAAGAGGAAACCAAGACAUGGGGAGAGGUGUACAAAAAUGUGACAAAAUUAUUUCCAACUCAUGCUUGCAAAGAGCUUAAUGACGCCUUCGCUGAUUUGGAGAAGGAAUGUGGCUACAGCGAGCAUAGAAUCCCUCAAUUACGACAUGUAUCGAAUUUCCUGAACCGAAAGACAGGAUUCUUGUUGCGACCGGUCGCUGGAUUUCUCUCACCCAGAGACUUUUUGGCUGGUCUGGCUUUUCGCGUCUUUCAUGCCACCCAAUACAUAAGGCAUUCGUCAAUGCCUAUGUACACCCCAGAGCCUGAUGUUUGCCACGAGCUGAUUGGUCACGUGCCUUUGUUUGCAGAUCCAGAGUUCGCUAGAUUUUCACAGGAAAUAGGUUUGACAUCGCUUGGUUUAUCUGAUGAGUGGAUAUCCAAACUGGCAACGUUGUAUUUGUAUACUGUGGAGUUUGGUCUUUGCCGUCAGCAAGGAAAACUCAGAGCCUAUGGUGCUGGGCUGCUGUCAUCUUUUGGAGAAUUGCAGUACAGCAUCGAAAGUGACAAAUGCGAGAGAAAGCCGUUUGAGCCAGAAACGACUUGUGUUCAAGAGUAUUUUGUCACAAAAUACCAGACAGUUUAUUUUGUGUCAAACAGCAUUCAAGAAGCCAAAGAAAAACUAAGAUCCUGGGCAUCUCAUAUUCCUCGUCCAUUCCGGGUCCAUUACAAUCCUUACACAAGGUCAAUUGAUGUUGUAGAGAGCAAGGAGCAACUAAUUGAAAUCGUUGCAGAUUUGAAGUAUCAACUUGGUAACUUUAUGGAUUUUGCCACUCAUAUUGGUUGAAUCAAUUUUUUUGGAUUUUGCCAGUGGUAUUAGCUGAAUCAUAAUUUUUUUUAUUUUUUCAGUCAUAUCAAGUAAAUGAUUAUUUUAUGGAUUGUCUUCUUUCCCACGUUUUCAAUAUUUGGUUAGAAUUCUCAUUUUAUGUUCUCCAUGAAAAGUUUCAUUUUUAUAUAUCCCAAACAUCCGAAUACUUUGAAGCCAAUAUUCUUCGACUAACCAUUUGUUUACAAACUUGAAUAUCACAAUAGUUCCAAAAGCCCUUCCCAAAGGAAUGCCCUUUUUUGAAAGAAAUUACUACAUUUUUGUUCAGAAUUUUUCACAACCAGUCAAAGUUACUAAAUUUUUGUUCAGGAUUUUUCACAACGACAAAGAACUUGGUGCCUUGAUAACUUUUGCAUCCUAACAUCUUUCAUUGUUUUUUUUAUUAAUAUUUCAUUAUUUUCGUCAUAUUUAUUCUUUGAUUGUGUUCAUUUGACUCAUGUGUUUUUGCUGUAUUGUUGAAGAGUUUUCUUUUUGUUUGGUACAUAUUUUGGUUAUUUACAUAUUUAUACAUAUUGUGUUUUUUUUAGAAUGUGCGAAUGUGGGUGCAUUGUGGCUUAUUGUCCCCUAGGACCAGCGGGAAGGCUUAUUUUUGAUGAUGCUGCUUGAAAUUAAUCAAUAGCGGGUAACAAUGGGGUGUUUCCGUGUAUCCAUUCAAACAGUGUUGUGGCUUCAGGGGAGGGCUAGGGGGCUACAGCCCCUCCGUCGAAAGCAUCUAGCCCCCCAUCGGAGGAAAUUUUAGGUUAUUGUCGGAGCUAACUUGACAAAAAACGUACGAAAACUGCUUAUUUUAGUCAUUUUAGCCCCCCCCCCUGUCGGAAGCUCCAACCCCUCUAUCGGAAGAUUUCUGGCGCCACCUCUGCAUUCAAAUAUCGCCUCCCGUGAGCAAAAGUGCUCGGCCGUUCUGUGUUCUUGUUCACAUCGUCAAGCUUUACUGGAUAUGUUGUUGUUUUAUCGCAGUUUCAAUCAUCGUUCUGCCAUUGGCACUAAUGAUACAUUUACUUGCAGUACACUCUGUGGCAACACAGCUACGUCUGAUGCCUUUAUUUGCACGCAUACAUCGCCUCGCGAAGAUAGUAAUUUACACGACUGUUGAGCUUUUCAAGCGUAUUCCCCGCCUUAUAAUUGGUCUUACUCACUGCAAGCGCUUAGCUGUCAAGCAAUUUAUUUUUCUGUAUGCGUAUUUUUACAUUGGGUGUAUAACUUGCUAUACAUUUCAUACGCAAUAGUUGGUUUUCAGAACGAUUUUGCUUAGUGGUGAUGUAGAAACAAACCCUGGUCCCGAAACACUGGAUUUUUGUACAUGGAAUUUAAAUAGCAUCAGUGCGCAUGACUUUUUACGAGUCUCUCUUAUAGAGGCUUACAACUCAGUGUAUAACUAUGACCUAAUCGGUAUCGUUGAAACUCACCUUGACAGCACUACUGAUAACGAUAGGCUUGCGCUAGAUACCAUUCUCAAAAUGUGAAAGGGGGUGGCGUAGGGCUUUAUGUAAAAGAUUCCCUUGCUUCAAAAAAUCGUUCUGAUUCAGUAACUCUCCCUGAAUGCGUUGUUUCUGAGAUUCAUGUGGGCAGGAAAAAGUAUUUUUUCGCCGUUAUUUAUCGAAGUCCAAGCCAAGAUCAGACCGAGUGUGAUAACUUCAUAAUUAACUUUGAAUUAUUACUAUCCAAGAUAUAUGCUGAAAAUCCUUUCUGCGUUGUGAUCAUCGGUGAUUUCAACUGUCGUUCAACUCAAUGGUGGGAAAAUGAUAUUGAAAAUAAUGAGGGGAAAUUACUUGAGCCCCUUGCUUCUGAACUUUGUCUUCAUCAAUUAAUCUCAGAACCAACUCAUUUAAUGAGCGAUUCUAAAUCUUGUCUUGACUUAAUUUUUACGAAUCAGUCCAACCUCUUUAUUGAAACUGGUGUUCAUCCAUCUUUAAAUGAACAGUGUCAUCAUCAAAUUGUCCAUGGAAAACUAUCAGUCUUAAAGGCCCUUAAACAUAAAAUCACCUCCUUACACUCGCAGGAUUUGGUACUAUGACAAGGCUGACUUUAUGGCCAUCAUGAAAAGUAUUGAAAUGUUUAAUUGGAAAGAGCAUCUCGAUAAUAUACCAAGCCCUAAUGAGCAGGUCAAAUUGCUCAAUGAAGUACUUUUGAACAUUUUUUCCAACUUCAUUCCUAACAAAGUUAAAACGAUUAGACCUCGGCAAGCACCCUGGAUAACGCAAACAGUUAAAAAUUUUAUAAGGAGAAAGAAUCAUGCUUACAAAAGCUUCCUUGCUCAGUACUGUUCUAAACAAGGCCAAAAUUCCGACAAUACCACCGCUCCUAGACAAUGGGCUAUUUGUGACUGAUUUUACUGGAAAGGCACAAUUAUUCAACGAUUAUUUCAUACUUCAGUGUACGACGAUCGACACAGGCAGUGCAAUUCCAGAACAUAUCCCAGUAACUUCUACUUUGUUAAAUACCUUUGCUAUCUCCGAAGAAAAGAUACUCCAAAUAAUACGGUCACUAAAUCCUAACAAAUCACAUGGCUGGGAUAAAAUAUCUGUAAGAAUGAUCAGGCUGAGUGAUGCUGCAUUAGUCGCUCCAUUAAGGAUAAUAUUCACAAAUUGCCUGAGAAGUGGUAUAUUUCCCCAAAUAUGGAAGCAUGCUAAUGUAGAGCUUGUUCACAAGAAGAACGAGAAAAAUUUGAAGGGAAACUACCGUCCAAUUUCGCUGCUGCCAAUCUUUGGGAAAAUACUUGAAAAACUCAUCUACGACUCUCUUUAUUCACAUCUUGUUUCAUCUGAUUUACUCAACCCAAAUCAGUCAGGUUUUCGUCCAGGUGACUCAACAGUCAACCAGCUAAACUCUUUAACGCACACAAUUUUCAAAGCAUUUGACUGUAAUCCUCCUCUUGAUGUUCGUUCUGUGUAUCUUGAUAUCUCUAAGGCAUUUGACAGAGUAUGGCAUGAUGGGCUGAUUUAUAAGCUAAAGUGAUGUGGCGUUUCAGGAAGUCUUCUUUCUCUUGUUGAGAAUUUUCUUAAGGAUAGACAGCAGCGAACAGUUUUGAAUGAGCAGAAUUCUUCUUGGGGAGAUAUUUCGGCAGGAGUACCACAGGGCUCUAUUCUAGGACCUGUAUAAGUUAAGUUGAUAAGUCAAUGGGCUCAUGAUUGGAGGAUGUCGUUUAAUCCUGAUCCGCAAAAACAAGCUGUGGAACUAAUAUUUUCAAGGGAAAAAAUGAACUUGAUCAUCCAGGAAUUCUCUUUAAUAACAUACCGGUAAUGAAAGUAGAUGAACAUAAACAUUUAGGAAUUUUACUAGAUUAAAAGUUGUCUUUCUCUGCCCAUAUAAUCAGCUAUCUCCAAAACAAUAAAGGGUAUUGGCUUGCUGAAAUAUCUCUCCAAAUAUCUGCCCAGGCAUACCCUAAACGAGCUAUAUAAGCUCUAUGUGCGACCACAUCUCGACUAUGGGAAUGUUAUUUACCAUAUUCCAGCAAAAGUAUGCGAGUUCAGUGGUAGCGUUAUUUUACCGAGCUUGAUGGGAAAAUUAGAGUCUGUUCAGUAUUCUGCUGCGCGAGCUAUUACAGGAACUUGGAGAGGAACAUCGCGAGAAAAGUUGUACUCGGAGCUUGGCUGGGAAUCACUGAGUUGCCGAAGAUGGAGCAGACGCCUCACUUUGCUUUACAAGAUCAUUAAUAAUUUAACUCCUGUUUAUACUAAGGACCCAAUCCCACCACUUCAACAGUCACACUGCUCUCUUCGCAACCAAGAUGUCGUUGGGCAAAUAAAGGCCAGAACAGAAAAAUUUAAAUCUAGUUUCAACCAUCAUUGCUUAUCCGAAUGGAAUGAACUUGAUCCUGAGAUUAGACUUUUACUGUUUUCAAAAAAAGCACCGUCUGUUACUGUUUUCAAAAGAAGCUCCUAUCUAUAAUCAGACCCCCGGCAAGAUCUAUAUUUGGCAUUCAUGACCCGAUAGGUUAAUCAUAUCUCACUCAACUCAGGGUUGGUCCCAGU